GGAAUAGAUUUUGCCAUGAUAGUAAAGCUAUUUUUGUGUGUGUCUUUAUUUUUUACUUAUCCAGUUAUGAUGUUUCCAGUUACAAGAUUAUUAGAGACAAGAUUUUUGGAUUCUAAAGAGAAUCAAAUAUUUCAACAGAAUCUGUUACGUCUGCUUUUGGUGUCAUUAACUGGUUUAAUUGUAAUUCUUGUUCCAAAUUUUGCAAAUCUUAUGGCUUUUAUUGGAGCAACAUGUUGCACAUUAUUAGCUUUUAUAUUACCUGGAUUAUUUCAUUUUUUCACUUUCAGAAGCACAAUUACAAAGUGGGAAUGUGUUUUUGAUUGUUGGUUAAUAUUAUUUGGCUUGGCUGGUUCUGUUAUUGGUACACAGGAUGCUUUGCAAAGAAUGAUGGGAUUUCAAACAACAAAACAAUAUUUGUCUGUUAAUAGCACAAAUUUACAAGUAUCCAUGACACAUUAAUAUAAAUAACAGUUUA